AUGAGUUAAGACAAAAAGUUCUAUUUUGAUUUUACAUCCCCUUUUGAAUUGGAGAGACAAAUUGAGAUUUUUCCAAAAUCCCUCAAAGAGUAGUUCUUUAUUCCAAAAAAUGACAAGUUUAAAACGAAGAUCCUUGUUCUUUAGAGGAAUUAUCUUAUCAUAUAAAAUGAGAAAGUAUCAUAUAAAACUAAUAUCUAGCACACUUUCUAAAAAUAUUUUAACAUAACUAAUGCUUUUUUAGAGAUUGUUAAUCAUCCUAAAAUGGGACUUGGGGUAUCUCUAACUAAAAAUGGAGUAAACUUUAGGUUUUAUGGACUUGUUGAAUAAUGGUUUGUUUACAUGAAAAAAUGGUGUAUCUAGUCUCAUUUUUCUAAUGAAUAUAGCAUAAUUAGUUUAAUUGGCAAAGGGGGUUUUGCUAAAGUACUAUAACUUAAACAUUUUAAGGUUUUUAAAAUUCAAAGAAUUAGCGAUAGAAAAGAAUUAGCUGUGAAAGUGUUUGAUAAAACGAUAUUGUAAUGCAAAGAUAAGUUAGCUCUUUUAAAAGAAAUUGAACUUUUACGACUGAUGAAUCAUAAAAAUGUUGUCAGUAUUUAAGAAAUUUAUGAAAACGACUAUUACAUCUAUUUAGUCCAAGAAUUAUAUUAAGGAGGAGAAUUGCAUAAGGAAGUAAUGAAAAACAAAACAUUCACAGAGAGAAAAGCAUUUAUAAUAAUUUAAUAAGUUGUUGAGGCAUUACAUUAUGUUCAUUUUCAUGGCAUACUUCAUAGAGACAUUAAACCUGAAAAUAUAAUUUUGAGAGAAGAAGGAAUAAUUGAUUAGGUUAUCCUGGCAGAUUUUGGAUUGGCAGAUUAUUACAGAAAAGAUUGUAAAUACAUGUUUACUAGAUGUGGAACACCAGGUUAUGUUGCUCCAGAAUUAUUAUAAGAUAAAAUUUAUGAUCAUAAAGUUGAUGUAUAUAGUUGUGGUAUACUCUUAUAUUAUCUUCUUGUUGGAAAGGGACCUUUUGAUUCUAAUAAUUAUGAUACAACGGUGAAGGCAAAUUAGAAUGGUCAUGUAGAUAUGACUUAAUUCAGUUUUACCAAUGAGUGCCUUGAUCUUUUAAGAGGUAUGUUGGAUCCAAACCCUCAAAAUAGAUUCACUCUUGAUCAAGUUAAGCUAAGCCCUUUCUUUAAAAAACACAAUUUUGCUAAUCAUCCAAUAAGUCAUUAAAUAAGUUUAGAAAGCCUAAAAAAUAAAUCAGAUUUAUAGACACAUUCUCUAUAAUUAUCACCAUAAAGAUAUAAAUAAGAUUUAAAAAGAAGAUUUGCCUAAUAUGCUUCUCCUUUAUAAUCACCCUUGAGACUCAAUUCCCCAAAUUCAUCUCCACUCACAGAUUCUUAAUCUUAACAUCAAAGUCCUAAUUUAUAGAGAGUACCUAUUUAGAUAUGA